AUGGCGGCCGUACAGAGUGGUGUCGUCGACUCGACCGAAGUAAAAGCGAUUAAACAAGAAUCCGCCGCGGAGACCUUUGGGAAUAACAAUGCAAACGACGACAGACUACCUUCUACAUCCCCGGGGGCGAAUUCUGGAAAUAAUAAACCCCCGGCGGCGCCUCAGGAGGACCAAAAGACCCUGAUCGCGGUUCUGCAAUUUCUGAGGAAAAACAAACUGAACGAGUCUGUUGAAAUACUGCGCCGAGAAGCGGGUUUGUCGGAGGAACUGUUGGAGUCGAAGGGUGCUGAUGGCCAGGGCUCUGGUUCUGGGGGAGCCGUUGGGAGUGCAGAAUCAGACGGCGGGGAUGGGAGCGCUCUACUCACCAGGGUGACCGCAUCAUCCACGGCUGGAGCUCCGGUAACCGUCAAAGCAACUCCAGGAGAGGACCAGCCUGAUGUGAGCGUAGUUCUGUCUGCCUACAGUCAGCAAGGAGACCCAGCGUUAUACGAGGGCUACUACAGUGGCCUGAAGCGGUUUAUCGAAACGGUUCUGGAUUGCCACCGGGCUGAGCUUUCCCAGGUUUUCUAUCCUCUCUUCGUCCACAUGUAUCUGGAGCUGGUCUACAACAACCAUGAAAGUGAGGCAAAAGCUUUUUUUGAAAAGUUCAGUGGGGAUCAAGAGUGCUACUAUAAAGACGACUUGCAGGUUUUGUCGGGUCUGACAAAGAAGGAGCACAUGAGAGGGAACGAGACUCUUUUGGACUUUCGCACCAGCAAGUUUGUCCUGCGAAUCUCGCGUGACUCGUACCAGCUGCUGAAGAGGCAUCUGCAGGAGCGGCAGAAUAACCAGAUUUGGAAUAUCAUCCAAGAGCACCUCUAUAUAGACAUUUUCGAUGGCAUGCCGCGCAGCAAAAGCCAGAUCGAUGCGAUGUCGGGCAGCUUGGCCGGAGAAGCCAAGAGAGAAGCCAACAAAGCAAAGGUUUACUACGGUUUACUGAAGGAACCCGAAAUAGAGCUGCCGCUUGAUGACGAGGAUGAAGAAGCCGACAACGAAGAGGGGAAACCGAAGAAGAAGAAGCCUAAAAAGGACAGCAUGGGCGCAAAGAGCAAGAAGCAGGAUCCCAACGCUCCCUUACAGACUAGGAUACCUCUACCAGAACUGAAGGAUUCAGACAAGCUUGACAAGAUCAUGUACAUGAAAGAGGCCACCAAGAGGAUCCGCCUGGGCCCAGACAACCUCCCGUCGAUUUGUUUCUACUCCUUUCUCAACUCAUACCAGGGUUUGACUGCGGUGGACUUCACAGAUGACUCCAGUCUGAUUGCUGGAGGUUUUGCUGACUCGACAGUGCGGGUAUGGAGCGUCACACCCAAAAAGCUUCGGAAGGUCAAGUCUGCUGCAGACUUGAAUUUGAUUGACAAAGAGUCUGAUGAUGUGCUGGAAAGGAUCAUGGAUGAAAAGACGGCGAGCGAGUCAAAAGUCCUUCACGGCCACAGCGGUCCAGUGUACGGCAUCAGCUUCAGCCCAGACAGGAACUACUUAUUGUCAAGUUCUGAAGAUGGAACUGUGAGACUGUGGAGUUUACAAACCUUUACUUGUCUGGUGGGAUACAAAGGACAUAACUAUCCAGUGUGGGACACGCAGUUUUCCCCUCAUGGCUAUUACUUUAUCUCUGGGGGACACGACAGAGUUGCACGCUUGUGGGCAACGGAUCACUACCAGCCCCUCCGAAUGUUUUCGGGCCACCUUGCUGACAUCACCUGCACCCGCUUCCACCCCAACUCCAAUUACGUGGUCACAGGGUCGUCGGACCGCACCAUUCGCCUGUGGGACGUGUUAACCGGGAACUGCGUCAGAAUCUUCACCGGUCAUAAGGGACCCAUCCAUGCAUUAGCUUUCUCUCCCAAUGGCAAGUUCCUGGCAUCGGGAGCCACCGACGGCAGGGUUCUGCUGUGGGACAUUGGUCACGGACUCAUGAUUGGAGAGCUGAAAGGCCACACUGAUACCAUCUAUUCUCUCAGGUUUAGUCGAGAUGGAGAAAUUCUUGCUUCAGGAUCUAUGGACAACACAGUGCGUCUCUGGGACUCUAUGAAAGCGUUCGAUGACGUGGAAACAGAUGACUUCACAGCAGCCACAGGUCACAUCCAUCUACAAGAUAACUCCCAAGAGCUUCUGCUGGGGACGUACAUGACCAAGUCAUCGCCUGUCAUCCAGCUCCACUUCACUAGAAGAAACCUGCUGUUGGCAGCUGGAGCUUACAACCCAUAAAACAUAGACAAGUUGAUUUAAUAUUUGCUUGGAUAAAGCAAAUGACUGAAGAAGACUUUAUCAGACCUUCGAGGCAAUUUAGCUGUGAAUAUAAAAAUAUAUAUAAAAUAAAAUAUGAUCCUCAAUUUUAGCUUUGCGGGUGGGCUCUUCCAACACCUGUUUGGACAGUUGAAGACAUUUCUAACAACUCUGGUUUAUAAAAUCCAUCUGGGAUUGCUUUUAUACUGGUGCUCACUGUAAAUAAAUAUUUUCUAUGU